CUCUUGUUUGCAGCCACCACUCAACCGCGAUAGGCCUCUCGGUCGUCCUUACCUCACCGGAGCAGAAGAGUUCUGUUGGUACUUGGGAAUACCUCGGCUUGCGCAGAGUCGCAGACUGUAGGCUAUCGUAUUUCAGCCACGCCGAAGCAGACUCGCAGACUCGCACACCAAUGGACGACGAAGAUCUAGCAAGAGCCAUAGCACUUAGCUUACAGGACCAUGCACCACCAGCGGCACGUCCAUCAAUCAGAGCGGAGCAGGAAGUCAUCGAAAUCAGUGAUGAUGAAGACGGUGUAGAAGUCAAUGAAGAAGACCGUAGAUUCAAGUCAGAACUGCAGCAGGCUAUCGAGGCCUCGAAGCGAGAAGAGGCACAGCGUGCAGCAUCGCAAGCCCCAGCCCAGUCGACCGCAACGUCAGAGCCGACCUUUUCACCAGCUCCUGUGACCGGGUUUCUCUCCGAAAGAGCGCAACUCGAACGAGAACGGCUCGCGAGACAGAAGAGACUGCGACCAGAUCUCGACACCGACGGAGCGUCUGGCAUAGAUAACGAUGCACAUAGAUCCAAGAGUGCCACAUCUCCUCGCGUAGCCGCAAGUACCUCAAGGCAAACGGCGCCUACGGCAAGCUCAUCCGCUCGGAGCUCAUCGGAGCAGUACUUCUGGGAUGGCGAGAUGCGCCCAAUAGCGAACAUGCACGUAGAUCGUGCGAAGGACACCAAGCCUACGUUCCGCCUGAGCGAUAUUCUUGCACCUAGAGAUGAGAUAGAGUUCGCUGUCAUCUCUGCAUAUGUGUACAACUUCCCUUGGCUAUACUCCAUGCUCAGCCCGAGAACCCCUGUCAUAGCCGUGGCACAAGACCCACAUGGUGAGGAGACUAUAAGGGCAAUUCUUCCGAAUUGGAUUAAGGCGACGCCGUUUCUACGGAACGGCAUGGGCUGUAUGCAUAUGAAGUUCAUGCUGUUGUUCUACAAGACAGGUCGCUUGCGGAUCGUCGUUUCGACCGCAAAUAUGAUAGAAUACGACUGGCGAGACAUAGAGAACACGGCAUGGGUGCAGGACGUCCCUAAACGACCCUCCCCUAUUGCUCACGAUUCCAAGGUUGACGACUUCCCUGCGGCAUUUAGUCGCGUUCUCCGAGCGCUGAACGUAGGACCGGCACUCAUUUCACAUGUCAACAACGACCACCCGAACCUACCAUUACAGCGUCUAGAGCACCUCCGCACCCAUUGGGACUUCUCGAAGGUAAAGGCCAAACUGAUACCGUCCAUAGCGGGCAAGCACGAAGGUUGGCCAAAGGUCAUCCUUACGGGCCACACGUCCCUCAUGAAGGCUCUGCGCGAAUUAGGCCUAGCCGCAAACAAGGGCAAGGAGGUAGUACUGGAAUGCCAGGGAUCGUCCAUCGGCUCGUACAGCACACAGUGGAUGAAUGAGUUCCACUGUUCGGCACGGGGCGAGUCCGCACAGACGUGGUUGGACGUCUCGAAGGCGCGUCGGGCCAAGCUUCCGUAUCCACCGAUCAGGGUCCUCUUCCCGACGCUGCAAUAUGUGCGCGAGAGUGUGCUGGGCGAGCAGGGAGGAGGAACUAUGUUCUGUCGACGUAACCAGUGGGAGGCCGCCAAGUUUCCGCGAGAGCUCUUCCAUCAGUCGCGAAGCAAGCGCGGACGAGUUCUCAUGCACUCUAAGAUGAUCCUUGGCCUCAUCCGUGAUAAGUCGACUGCCUUCGGGAGUGGCAGUGGUGGGCAGUCGGACAGCGAGACAGAGCCAGAAGAUGACGAGGCGGCACCUACCGAGAUGGAGAAGCUCAUCGGGUGGCUGUACAUGGGCUCGCACAACUUCACGCCGUCCGCUUGGGGCACGCUGUCCGGCUCCGCAUUCAACCCGACGCUCAACAUCACCAACUACGAGCUCGGCAUUCUGCUGCCACUUCAUAGUGAAGAAGAGGCGAAUCGACUGACUUGCUGGGAGCGGCCUCCGCGCAAGUACGUGCUUGGGAGGGACGACCCUUGGAUCCAAUCUGAAUCUCCUGCGUUCGCUGAAAGCCUCUCGUAAGAAGCUCGCAACAGACCGGCGAGGAACCGACGUUAGUCACGACGUAUUCUAUAAUUGAUUCCCGGCGUGAAUACACUGUAAAACCUGGAAACUAUGGUCAUGACACAGGUACGGGUGAGGCGUACGAGAGUUCACACAAACUUCGAUGGGCAAUUUGAGGAAGUUGAGCACAUCGUUCAACGUUCAUGCCACACCGCGAGUCGCGACAGGCUUGAGUCAAAGACGAUUCGUCAUGAGCAAAUUAUCCUUGACUCUUGUGGUCGGGAUUGUCUCUUGAGUCUUGAUUACCGUUACAUAAGUACCUCUAUGUAGUAGUCCGAGAACAAAUGUCUCACGCUCGACGCCCAUGAUCGCGCGUGCGACAGCGGCCGGUGGCUAAAUUGGAUCCCAGGCUCCUCCUCCUC